AGCGAGUGGCUUGACCGCCGUCAUCCCGCGAUCUUAGCGUGAAAUUCCUCAUUUCUCCGCACCUCCUUUCUCCGUCUGAAAUCGAUCCGUGACAACCGCACCGUAAAGCCUAUAGGCUAGAUGAGCGGUCUAGGCGAGGACUGUGCUGAAACAUAAGACAAGGCGUGCUCCCGGACGUUGCGCGAAAAUACUGCGAAUCACCCAGCGUACCUGAACGCUUGGACACGAAAUUUCUUUUAACUAAAAUCAAGACUUUCCCCGACAUUACCGUUCUGACUUGCGUAUAAGUGCGAGAUCCAUUGCAACUUCCAUAGCGACAUUUCCAAGCGACUCUUGACUUGACCCCAGCGGCUUCCAUUGCAACUCUUCCAUGCAAUACACCUCCUUGCGACAAUUCCAUCGACCCGGACACCUUGACCAUGAUGUCCUCUAUGCCCUUCCGCUUCCUGGACCUGCCCGGUGAACUCCGCAACAACGUCUACGACCUCUUGCUGUGCUCAUGGAACGACGAGCCCGAGUGCGAGCCCGGGUUCGUUGGUGGGCUGCGCAGGCGAUCGCCCAGCUAUGACGCCAUGCCCCUGCUCCGAACGAACAAACAAAUCCACGAGGAAGCGUUCGACUACAUGAUGAAGCGCAACCAGUUUGUGCGCGUUACCUGCCGAGGACUCGACGCCAGCAACCUAUUUCUCGGCGAUGAGAUCAUUCCCGCCGUCACGACCGACCCACGCAAAGCCAGGCAGUUCGAAGGCUACCUCAUGCACUUCACCCUGUCAAAGCCCGCUAUGUCAUCUGGCUCGGUCAACUUCUCCGAGAGUGAGAUUAUGAUGCUGCGUGCUGACCUGCCCUCGCUAUGCCGACAGCUGGACAUCGAGAGCGUCAUGGCCGACGCCAACGCCACAGCCAACGAGCACCUCUCCAUCCGGGCGAGCGUCUCCUUCAACCCCUUCCAUGCGGACAUGUUUACGCCCGCCAUUCAGCAGCACCUGCUUGAGCCCAUCGCCGCCCAUGUCCGCGGCAUCUCCAACCUCAGCAUCAGCGGUCCCGUUUCCACUCCCAUCGCCCAAGCCGUCGCCUCCCAAGUCGCGCAACCGCGAUGGACAGACCCCAAAGCCACCCUAGACUCCAUCCACACCGGAACCGACGUAGGCAAGCGCCAGUGGCAGAGCCGCGACUUCUACUCCGCGUCCGCGUCGUGGGCGUACUCAAUGCGCACCCUCGAGCGCAUGCGCCAUAGUUCGUCGUGGCUCAGCCUCAAAGCGGCUGGCGGCGAGGAUUUUGUUAACGCGACUGCGGAUUUGUACUUCACGCUCAACUUGUUGCGUGCGGCGUUCCUGCAGGUCGACAUGGCGGGCGAGUCGGCGAGCCGCGCGCUAGUGCGAAGGAAUGCGGGCGCGAGCUGGGAGCACUUGAGGAAGUGCGAGACAGCGAGUGCGCGGUUCACACAGCACGCGGAUGCCACGUGGACACCGAGUAACGAGCAGGCGAGCAAGAUGCUGUUCAGGCAGGCGAGGUGCUUGAGGUUGUUGGGUGUGAGCCGGGAUGUUGUUCGGGCUGUUACUCUGAUCGAACAGGCUGCUGUUUUGGCGCCGGUCGACAUGGUGAUCAGGGAUGAGAAGGACGCCGUAGGCAACUGGCAGGCGGAGGUUGAGGAGCUGCAGCGCGCGAGGCAACAGGCAGAGGCGGCCGAGAUCAGCCAGCGCGCGUCGUGGUGGGGUUCGAUUCGAUCUGCAAUUUCUGAGUUGGCAUCGUGAGCUAGUGCAGCCCGAUGUUUUGUAGUUAUGAUACCCAUAUGUACUUGUCAGUUCUCACACAUUCACUUAUACCACGGCGUGCCGGGAUAUACCUC